AGAGGCCGCUCUCGAGGUGAAAAGGGCCAAAAAAGGCAACACGGUCAUUUGACAGCAAGGGCUUGCUUCCUUGGGAAAAAAAAAAAAAAAAAAAGACAACAAAGAUGAAGGCUCUUAGCAGCGGAGGAGAGGGAGCGAUAACAUUCACGGUGUUGAGCUGAAAAGCCGUCCGCUUUAAACACUCUCUGUGUCGGGCUAUUGUUUUUGUCUCCGAGGCGGGGGGGAAAAGAAAAGCUCUUUUGUUGCGGGAAGAGCAGAAUCAGAUGGGCGUCCGUGCCUUAGUCAGGCUGUCCCGGAGUUGUUGUUGUUAGCCGGCGCUAACCGUGGAAGUUGCGAGCUAGCCGGCCUGGCGAGCACAGCGACGGGGGACAACAAGCGACUUAUGUUUGACUCGGCCUGCCCGGACACGUCCCCGGCGAGCAAACCGCGUUCCGUCCAGCUAAUGGAGACAGUCAGCCGGGACGGCAGCAGUUCGGGAACUGUGGCUGUAGCGGCUGAGCUUCCGAAGUACCCGUCGUAGGCUGGAGGUCUUUCCCCCUCACACACCUCCACCUCCUCCCCGCCUUAGCUUCCCAGAUAGCCACCGCCAUUGCUCGGAAGAAUGAGCAGGAAACACCAUCACAUAAAGGGAGCCGAGGUCAGCUGCUGUGUCAAAUACUUCUUAUUUGGAUUCAACAUUAUAUUCUGGUUGCUAGGAGCGGCGUUCUUGGGUAUAGGCCUGUGGGCAUGGGCGGAGAAGGGCGUGCUGUCCAACCUGUCGUCCAUCACUGACCUCGGGGGCUUUGACCCCGUGUGGCUCUUCAUCGUCGUGGGAGGGGUCAUGUUCGUCCUGGGCUUCGCCGGCUGCAUCGGGGCGCUCCGAGAGAACACCCUUCUGCUCAAAUUUUUCUCCGUGUUCCUCGGUUUGAUCUUCUUCCUGGAGCUGACCGCGGGGAUCCUCGCCUUCGUCUUUAAGGACUGGAUCAAAGACCAGCUGAACUUUUUCAUCCACAACAACAUCAAGGCUUAUCGCGACGACAUCGACUUGCAGAAUCUCAUCGACUUCGCCCAGGAAUACUGGUUUUGCUGUGGAGCCCAUGGGCCCGACGACUGGAACCAGAACAUCUACUUUAACUGCACUGAGAAUCCCAGUAGGGAGCGCUGUGGAGUCCCCUUCUCGUGUUGUGUCAAAAAUCCCGCCGAGGACGUCAUCAACACGCAGUGUGGUUAUGAUGUUCGGCUCAAAGGGGACAUCGAGCGGCAGAGAGAAAUCUACACCAAGGGCUGCGUGGGGCAGUUUGAGAAGUGGCUCCAGGACAACCUGAUCAUAGUUGCUGGCAUCUUUGUUGCUAUUGCACUUUUGCAGAUCUUUGGCAUCUGCCUGGCUCAGAGCCUGGUCAGCGACGUCAAAGCUGUCAAAGCCAACUGGUGACACGAGCCCCACGCCGCCGUCGACCAGGUCAACGCUGCACACUUAGUACCGUCCAGGUGUGGACGGACAGCCAACGUACUUGCAUAUGUAUAGACAAAAACAUUUUUUUUUUCCUUCAGUGACACUUGAAAUGAGGAAAAUGUUCAAUGCAAACCAAACAGCACAGAUUUUAACCCAAAUAUAAAAAGAAGACACGGUUGCCUACAUGGGAGCUGAUUUUUAUUUUUUAAUCUUUGUCUGAUUUUUUUUUUUUGUUCUUUGGACAAAUGUAUUUAUGCCACAAAGUUGCACAAAUGUCCUCUUGUCAGCUGGGAAGCCAUGGAUGGAAGUAAGGUGAUAAAAACAAUAAACUGAGAAAAGUUGACAGUCUCGUUUUACAGGUCAAGCAUCAGCGACUUUUGGCUCUCAACACGUUCAUCUCCACGUCCUGCUUUAGAGGACGUACCGACCUUCCAGCCAGCCUGUAUACUCAAUUGGGAGAGGCGGGGGGGGGGGGGUCCUGUGUGGAUGUCAUUGCCUCUCUUUCUGUGCAACUUUAAGUAGUAUCGAUAUAGUUAUAUUCUAUUUUCAAAUGUAAAAAAAGUGCCAUUAUUUUCCUGUUUUUGUGUCCUGUAUUAAAUCUGUAUCCCCCUCCUCCACCUGAAGGUAUGUUCCUUCUGACACCAGGGGAAGGCAGAUCUUUAUCUUCCCUCCCUCAGUGUCUGCUGAGGAUGGAGCAACUAAAUGCAGUAAAACAGUUCUGGACGUCACCUUGUUUGCCCUUUUUAGCAAUAGUAUCGUUUGUUGAUUCUCCGAUGGAUGUUUAUUUUAUUACAGAGUUUUCCUGGUGUGGGUAGAGCUGCGGGGAAGUGCCAUAAACGGAAAGGCGUUUAAUGCGAGAGAUUGAGCAUCCCUCCGGGACGUGGGAUUGCUUGUUUUGGGGCCUUUUUGUUCUUAGCUUAUGUUACCACUCUUGUCUUAUAAUCUGUCCACUGCAUUAACAUUUGUUGUUCAAAAGACGUUCUUUAUUCAUGCUUUAUUUUGUGUCCACUUACAGAUGCUUUAGUCAUGCUUUGUUACCAAUCCUCCUGGAGACCAAAUAAUAUCAGCUGACCACUAGAGAUUUCAUCUGAAAUGCAAAUACCAUUUUGGAUGGUCGGAAUGUGAAUUUCUUUGUCUGUUUCUGUUUCUGCCAGUGGAACAUGGAAAUUUGCUUUUAUCUUUGAUUGAUUUGUUGCCUCUUUUUGUCUGAGCUAAAUUUUAAACGGAGCAGUUAAAUCAUGCUGUUCUCACUUUAACAUGAAUGCUGCUUUGACUUCUACUCGCCGUGUAGUGCAGUAACCCAUCUGGUGAGGUACCUCACAUAAGGGAUUUGUAAAGAAACCUUCGGUUUCUGGAUGUUGCCUCGGCUUAUGCCGUCCUUUUUUCCCCCCACGUUCGUAUUAAGACGUCUCGGCUCUCGUGAGUUUGCGUUCCUGGUGGCGAACGCGGCUUCAAUUAGAACCAGGUCAGCCGAUAAUUGUGCGCUACGUUCGCAGCGUUUAACUAGCGUGUUCGGGUUGUAACAGUGUCAUUCUGACACGUGGCAUCGACUGGGAUCUAAGAGGGCUGCACACACAGACGCACACUUUACGUUUUGAAUGCUAUGCACACACGGCUGAAAGAUGAGAAGCGUUCAUAUUCUGUGAACACAACCCGAAAACUUUCCCGCUCCGCUGAGUCCGUCUGUAGAAUAAAUAUCUUAGCACCUUCUGAUCGUCUGCUGCGUGUACCUGUCACAUGUCGCUUUCGCCCACAUGCUCCCGCUCUUCAAAACGCCACCUGAUCAGAGCGCGCCGGCUUAGCAGCCUGCCACGUUGAUGUAUUUUUAAGCAGCGUAGAGAAGGAUGGAAAGACGAGAAACAAAACAGUUUUUUUUUUUUUUUAUUUGGAUGUCACAGAUCCUCGAGUGGGACAUUGUCGGGCCUUAAUGACUGCUCUCUGUUCGAGCUGAGGUGCAUCUUUGGAGCAAUCCGCGAGUAAGAGCCUGUAGUCUGACAGAAACGAUGACUCAACAUAAUACAAAGGACGUCAUUUAACAUAUCGCUUUAUUUGUCAUUCUUAAAGGACACGCGUAUCAUCAUUUUUACACAUUUUCUUUCCCAGUUGUGUUCAGGCUCGUAGCUCAGGGUAGAAAUAUUCAGUUCUGUAGAGAAAUAUGCUCAUAAAGCAGAGUGUGAAGCAAAAAAAAAAGGCUAGCACGGGUAGAUGCAAAGCCUGCAGCUCAAAGUUGAGUUAA